AAGGGCUUGCGCUGCUGUAAUCCAAUUUCAAAAUUGUAAUGGUUCCAUGACAAGAAUCUCCUAGUCCAAUUAGUACGUUGUACAAUUUGAACUAAUCAAUAUUUUAAUGAUUUAAUUCUCAAAGAUGCAACGUUGUGGUACCUACAGGAUGUAAUCAAAGAAGCAUCUCCCACCCAAUAUACCAUUUUUCAAAUUAGUCUUAGAUUGACUCUCUGACCAGUCCCUCUCACUCCAAAAAGAUUCCCACACUUUUCUGCCUCUAUUGCGUAUCCAUAAUACACAAAUACACUUGAUUAUUUAUAUUUAACGUCUUUAAAUGAUCAAGCAGUCGCCAUCCCUUUAUGAUUAAAUAUUAAUGUUGGUGAUUAGCAAUUUGGCAUCAGCAAUUUGAUAAUGAUAUGUACGUAGAUGGUGUCAAUUUGUUCCUCAUCUUUUUCUGCCACUAGUAGGAUAGGCAAAAGUGGGGGAAAUUAAACAAGUCUCAGCCCCUCAAUUAUUGGGUGGAUACUUCGUUACUGCACCUACCGAGUCACUGUUUCAUAGCUCCAUCUUGUGUGAAACUGCUGUCGUAACUUGUGGACCUUUCUCCCUUUGUCCUAAUGCUUUCUAAUUUCUUUAUUCUACCAAUUUGACCCAUUUCUGCUGCAAAAUAUGUUUAUAUGUUUGUAGGAAGGCAGUAGGAAUCAUGUUGACUAAUGUAGAACAGCUGGUGCUAAAUGUAGAUUCCAAGGAUGUGCUAGAAAGAAAACUUGAAGAUUCACCCUCAGCUUCUGUUUCCAAUUCACCAACACAGAAUAGCAGACCAACCAGCAUGGUUGUAAAGAAGGCACACACCAUAAUUCCAGCUCAUUUGAUAGCCGAAGCCAUAUCAACGAUCCGUGGCCUUGACCUGAGAUGGUCCGGACCAAUAACACUCAGUGAAAUGCAAUAUGUGAGGCAGUAUGUUCUUGCAAAGUAUCCUCAAUAUUGCAAUGGUAUUGUGGCAGAUGGAGAUAGCACAUUUAAUCUUACCAAUCUCUGCAUCGAUGAGGAAUCGUCUAAAAGCACACCAGACAGCAAGCGCGGUCUCCCCCAGAGUUUUGGCGCUAGAGAGUCCACUCCUAAAUUCACUCGCAGCCUAUCUGAUCUUGACAAAACACAAUUGGAGGCUUCAAGACUAGUAGAUAUUCUUAACAAAAAAACUUCUUUCCAAGGCAACUUCAUCUCAAUCCCAGAAAUUCAAGUGCAAAAUAGAGCCCUGAAACAUUGUGGCCUAAGCGAAGCUGAUUACUUGGUCAUUUUCAUGCCCAACUACAGGGAUGCUAUGGUGAUAAUUGGAGAGAGCUACCCUUUCUUCAGAGGUAAUUACUACAUGACAAUAAUCGAGGAAGAAAAUGACAUGAUACGUGAAUUUGCUACUAGUAAAGAAUCAAAGGUUAUUCCAAUGCCAGAAACUUGGUUGGACCUAAGGAUUAAAGGAUCACAACUUAGCCAAUACUUUAGGAGGAAAUGCAAGCACAUCCCAAAGGGCCUUUUCUCUUAUCCUGCUAUUGUCAAUGAGACCAGGUAUUCUAUGCAUUGGAUAUCCGAGGCCCACAGAAAUUCAUGGCAUGUUCUCCUUGACGCCACAGGCUUGGUUUCCGGUGAGGAGAGAUUGGCCCUUGCACUCCACCGGCCCGACUUCGUGUUAUGUACACUUGAUAAUACACAUGCCCAGCCAUCAAAAAUCACCUGCCUCUUGGUUAGAAAAUUAUCAUUUGAUACUUCUGCAUCCUUGGACUAGGUUCUUCAGGAUUGUCAACAAUUAAUAUGAUGUAAAUAAGGGGCCUUUUUUGUGGUAUAUGAUCCUCACUCCUGUAUUCUCUCUUUCUCAAAAUAAAUUAAAACAUGCAUUUGCUUAGUCAA